AUGACUAAAAGAGAGUGGGCGUGACGACACUUGCACAAGACAGACUCUGUGCACAAGAUGGCUGUCUGUGUGCGCGUGUUGGUGGUGUUGUGUGUGUUCCUGUCUCCCUGCGUGAGUACCUCAUGGCCAGUACCAUACAGGAGGUAUCAGAGCCGAUCUUUGUCGAACUCUUACUGCAAGGCACAAUAUGCAUUCUGCCCCACUGGCUUCAAAGCUGGCUACAUCCCCACCAUGGCUGACAAUGACACUAUUCAAGUGUUUGUGCUCAAAGCUCCAGUCUGGGAGUUCAAGUUUGGAGACCUCCUCUCUAACUUUAAGAUCAUGCAUGAUGCGAUUGGCUUCCGUAGCAAGAGUACAGGAUUGAACUAUACGACAGAGUGGUACGAAUUGUUCCAGUUGUUUAACUGCACGUUCCCCCAUACGGUGUCUGACCAUCCAGACCCACUGUGGUGUAAUCAAGGUGCUGCUUGCUUAUAUCCAGGGAUAGACGACAACCAUUGGAGACAAAAUGGAACACUAGAGGAAGUGGCUUUGUUGAGUGGGACACAGUUUAACCAAUUGGCAAAGUAUAUUCUCCAGGACAAUACCACUGGACUGUUCUAUGAGACAUGGAGAGUUUCUGACACGAAUGGAUCGCUAUGGUUUCAUCCGUUUGAUUGUGCUAGUUACGUUGUUCGUGUAUUUCAGGAGAUGAGUCGACUUGGAGCCAACUAUCUUCCCGGGAAAUCAGGAGCAAACUAUACCUAUAUCACCCUUUAUUCUGAUGCACCUCGUUACCUUGGUAACGAUACGACUAUAUUUGGAGCCCAGGGCAACCAAACACUAGCGGCAGAAAUAAUGACAUUUUACAGUUAUUUCCAAGCCCACCAACCGACUCCCAAAUUUGUCGAGAGUCUUCUGGAAAUAUUUGAUUUCCUCUACUUGAAGGAUGAGUUUUACUUGUACUAUAACGCUGGAUAUUGGCACCUUCCAAUGAAGAAACCUCACGUCAAACUGAGCUACGAAUAUGAGCCAUUCAAAGCACCUAACUGACUUUUGAUAGAACUACAUAAUCAUUUUUUGGCUGCAUAAUUACAGCUGUAUAUGGUUUGUGCUAGUACACUUAAUGUCACGACAUUGUACUAUUUAUCCUAGGGUUAUAGUCUGAGAUAUUAGACUUUAAUAUUACUAGGUUAUGCGCGCUGUAUCUUGAUUGACAGCGUUUGAAAUAUUCCAAAUUUUUAUGUAAA